AUGUCCGAUUCGAAUCACCCGCCUCUCAAGGACCAGCGAGUACUGAUCUCAGGUAGUGGGAUUGGAGGUCUGGUUGCGGCCUAUUGGCUGGCUAAAGCCGGCGCCUCAGUGACGGUACUCGAGCGGGCUAGCGAGAUACGGCGGGAGGGGCACAUCAUCGGCAUCCGCAAAGUGGCUAUCCCGAUUGUCGAAAGCAUGGGCCUCGGAGAGACGCUUCGUGAACGGAUGACUGGGGAAUUGGGCCUCAAGAUCGUCAAUGGCCUCGACCGAGCCUGGGCUUCGAUUCCUGUCAGCGAAGCUGGGUUCACCACUCCACUGAUGAUCCAUCGAGGCGAGCUCGUGUCAGCGUUGCACGACGUUACAAAGGAUAAAGUGAGCUUUAUUUAUGGCGAUUCAAUCGAUACCAUUGAAGAAAUCGGCGAUACCCUAUGCGUCACUUUGACCAAUCGGAAGUCCCAACCCCUCCAUUGCGAUGUGCUCCUGGUCGCCGAGGGCAUGAGAUCGCGUACCCGAUCCAAAAUAUUCGACGCAGGAUCACAAGCACCCAUCUUGAAGCUGGGACUCGUCGUUGCCUCGUUCUCGCACAAGUCGGAUCAACGAUGGGCACGUUGCUAUCACAUCCCGAACCAACGAGCGAUUCUGAUUCGGCCUGAUCGGCAGGGUAUCUCGCACGCGCAUACCAUUUGUCGAGCAAGCGACAAGCUGGUCGGCCCGACGACAUCCAAAGAGCAACAGCGUGGCCAGUUUUUGCGGCUCUUCGAGAAGACCGGAUGGGAGUCGGAGAAGAUCACGAAAGAUCUCAGUGAAGCCGGGGAUCUCCACAUCCAAGAGGUGGCCCAAGUCAAGUGCAAGGUGUGGUCGAAGGGCAGGACGGUUCUGGUAGGCGACUCGGCCUAUUGUCCAUCCCCAAUCGGCGGCAUGGGCGCGACGGCUGCCAUCGUUGGUGGCUAUCUUCUGGCCGCCGAGCUCGCCAAGAACCCGGCCGAUCCUCAGGCUGCUUUCCGCGCCUACGAAUACUCCUUGCGUCCAUGGAUCGAAUUCAUUCACAAACCCGGACCCAUGGUGGCCAAGCGCGGAUUCCCGGAGACUCGCUUCGGCAUACUUUCGUUCCACCUGCUCAUACACCUCUACUUCACCUCUCCUGCACGUUAUGUAUUCUUGUGGAUCAUCCUUAUCCUCCAACAUUUAGGCCUCUUGAAAUCAAACCCCCCACCCAUUCCCAAGAUCCCAUCGCCAUCGGUAUUCAACUCUUUUUGA